AAACAUCACGUGUCGUGCGAUGACAAAACCGUUUCUAGGUACUCUUAGGAAUACUGGAUACACUAGGAUUGAGGAGGAUAUCAGAAGAUGUAUUCCGUCCACCAACCCCUACGCAAAUCUCAACCGGGAUCGUUUUGUUGCCCCUCGACUCUACAGAUAUACACCCACUUCGGUACUCCCAGCCCCUCACACUCCGCUCCUCAUUGUGAUCAAUAAUUUUCAUCUAUUAUUGACCAUUCUGGGGGACGUGAAAAGCAUACAUGGAUUCCCCUUCACUUCCAGAAAAUUCUUUUCAGCUAAUACAACGCUCCAGGCACAAGAACCAACCAACCUCUGAGCCCUUCAACGCCAGGAUGACCAAACAUCACGUGUCGUGCGAUGACAAAACCGUUUCUAGGUACUCUUAGGUAAGAUAGAUAAUUUUAAUGUUUGCUUCGCAUAUACCCUAAUGUACAAAAUCUAUUACUCAACAAAACUCUCCGUCCAAAAGUAACAGUUUAAAUUCCGAAC